UUUACAUCCGGUGAGUUGCUGAGUACAGAUGGAGGGCGCGAAAUAGUGCCAAAUGUUUUUAGAAAGAUGACUGUGUCAACAGCAAGAUGCAGACGCUGUUUUGAGUGUUUCAUAUGGAUCUGCCGUAUCUGGGGUUUGAUUACAGCAGUCGGACUUUGGGGCAUUGGAGUCGAGGCAGCAUUUAGACACCACCCCUUGGGGUUUUAUCUUAUUGGAGCUGCUUUUAUAAUGACCUUUCUAGAAACGGUAUUCUUAACUAACCUCUGUGUGUUAGCAUGCACAGAGAGAGAUUCACCACGCAGACCCCCUAGCUGUGGUGUGAAAUUCUGGAGCUGGGUUAUGUGGUUUGACAACUGGAAAAAGGGUAUUUUCUACCUCAUACUCUGUAUACCAUGUUUUAUACAACCACAGGAGGUGUGGAUGGCAAUAAUUUCAGGUGUGAUGAUGAUUAUAUCAGCAAUAUUCUAUUGUAUAAAGUCCAUAAAAAUUCGACAAGACAAUAUCAAUACUAUUGAAGAAACAUAUGACAGGAGGCCGCGGCUAAGGUAGGUGAUAGUGUUUUGCCACUGUGAUGCUGGGUGCUUUUCUUAGUUGUUUUUGUGAUGUUUACUGUUAUCAUUAUCUGAUUUUAUUGCACAUAGUGGGUGUUCUAACUUGUAAUUUAUAGCUUGGCAAAUGCUUUUUACAUUGCAUAAUACAUGUAGCAUUACUCCUGAUGUGAUCGUAGCUGGUAAUUGGUUUGUUUGCAUGAUUGCUUUCAUUGUUAAAUUAGCGUGUACAGCUAAUACGAUUUCACUUCAACCUCAUGUUUUAUUUUGCAAAAUCUGUAAAGUAGCUUCAACACAAAAAACAGUUUUAUUUUUUUUUAGGUCCAAGUGAUUGCUGUUAGAGUUUGUGUCACUAUGUACAUCUAUCCUCUUAUCAUUUU